AAAUGCUCUUUUCUCUACCAUAGGUUGAUGUAUCUAAACCCAUCUUCCCAUAUGAGGAACCCAUACACUGUGUUAAACUAGCAGUUCAUCAUCAAGUUGCUGCUUUCUACACAAACCACAUUCUACACUGCGGUACUGCCUCAUUCUGCAACGAGUUAUGUGAUUUUGUAUGCGGUGGAAAAAACAACUUUAAUAAUUGCAACUCAGUGGGGAAUAACUCCAAGGAUGAAGGACAAAGCUUGAAUCCAUUUGAAGAGGAUUAUAUUGAACAAGACCAAGUACAUGACGAUGCCUUUGUAAACAUUGAUGUUCAACAUAGAAGUGUUUGGUUCUGUAGAAGUUGCCCAACAAACAGGUUAGACAUCUCCGUAGUAAAGUCAUCCACUGUACCAGUUGUUCAUUCUGAGUCGGCCACUGAGACAGAAUGUAGUGGGCCUUCAACAGAACUGUGUUUCAGAUGGCACAAAGACCUUGAACGAAGCUUUGACGCUGUUAGGAUGAGGGACAGGUCAAACAGUGACCUCUUGUGGACAGAGGUUCAUAGAAAGAAUAUAAAACAGCCAAUGACAUCAACCCCAAAGAAACAGGCUUCAAAUAGGUUGAAGUCUCCUUGUAGAAUUGAUAGAAAAACGACAAAUGAGUUAGCACAGAAUGUUUCCAAGUUACAACUUAACAUUGAAAAGUUAUCAAACCAGGAUAAAACCACAAUUCCAUUUGAAACCAUUGAUACACAUCCCUUUGAUAAUACAUUAACCACUAAGCCACCAAAAACACAUAAAGCUCUAAAACUGCCAACAAAAUGCGACGCAUCUUCAUAUAAAAGUGUGAAUUCAACCAAAAAUGAAAGAGGCCUACCACCCAAAAGUGAAAGACUCUGCCCUACUGCUUAUAAAGCACAGAAGAAACGCCGAACAAAGCGUAGUUUGUCCCCUGUUUUCUGUAUAGCUGCUGAUGCAGUUGCAUAACUACUUCACUUGUUUACUCAGAUAUUUUAUUACAUCAGGUACAAUAGUGCAUCAAUGUAGUUAUUAUGUCAAAUUGUAACUUAGAGAUUCCUGGUUCAAUGCUAACUCACUGCAGCAACUUAAAUGUUUCGUAGUAAGCAUAGGUGCCUUUAACUGAGUUUUCCGUGGUUAAACUGUUAUUAGUGCAAUGCCAUUUUAAAUCAGUUAUUAUUAUUUUAAGUGUAAUGUGCUUUUGGUCCUCAUAUAUUAUUAUCUGUGCAUUGACGCAUAUGUGGGUACUUGUAUUUCGUUUAUUCCCCGUUAUAACAAAAUCAGCACCGUGACGGAAAUGACGUCAUAAACACGUCACUUUGUGAGCUUACUUUGACUUUGCUGUUCUUGCUGAAAGGCCGUCUAGUAACUACACAGUUUUUGGUUCUAUCGCAGAAUCUUUGAAAUUCGGCAUUACGUUUUACGAACAAGCAAAGAUUCUUCACUAGUAUUCAGUUGUAUUGAAAACAAAGUCAAGCUUUUCCAUUGCAGCGUCUACUAGUUGAUCUUUGCCCAAGUUAGACUAGGCGCUGUUACUGUUUUUGAUACUGACGUAUUGGAACAACAAGCUUUAGAUAUUCAGCCAUCUAUUUAAUUUAAAACCAUGAGCAAAGCUGUGUUGCAUUACACCAACGGUAGAGGGCGCGCUGAGAAGAUAAGAUGGAUGCUCGCCGCGUGUGGGAUCGACCAUAAGGGGGGCUUGAUGGGGGAAAACGAUACAGAAAGAGCUUUGGUAGACAUGUACACUGAAGGAAUAAUGGAUAUGUCUAACGUUGGCUUAGCUUAUCCUUUCAAACCUGACAAAGCACAAUUUUGGUCGGAAAACAAAGAAAAAUUGGGCACAAAAUAUUUCUCCGUUUAUGAAAAUAUACUACAGACAACAAACAAUGGUCAUCUUGUCGGCAACAAACAAACAAUGGCCGACGUGUUAUUGUUUGAAUCUUUUGUACAUUACCUGCACAUUGACAAAGACGUACUGAAUAAUUAUCCAAACUUACAGAAAUUUAUGGCUUCUCAAAAAGAAAUACCGUGGGUACAGAAGUUCCUUCAGCCAGGUAGCAACAGAAAACCCUUUCCCGAUGAAAAAUACGUUGCUAUGGUUGCGGAAAUAUUCUUUUCAUAAUUUUGCAUUAACCCGUAUGCAAAGAAGAGCACAAUCAUAAUAUGUAUAUUAUACAUUUAACGCAUAUCAUGUUUGUAGAAUGCAUUACUAUCGUUACAUCCACACUAGUUUAAACAGUAAAUGUUACGUUUAGCUCGUUUUAAACGAGACUUUUUUCAAGUGUUUUUUUAUCAUGUUUUAGUCAAUACUUAAAAGUUCCAAUGUUUGAACAAAAUAAACAAUUAAAUGC